UGAUAGAUAUAUAGAUGACAGAUGGAUGAUAUUAAAAUUCUCAGGCCUUUGGUGAGGAAAGGCUUCUGGUUUCAUUGCCACCUGUUAUCUUUAGCUUUGAUUUUUUAAAAUAUUAUUUUAUAUUAUUUCUUUGAUUGUUCUCAGGUCGCCAGAGCCAUUGGGAAUUGGGAGGGUCACAAAUCUAAUAAACUGUUUUUGGUAUAAAAGGGGUGUGUGUGUUUGUGUGUAUGGGAAAUAGAAUUCUCUACUGGCCACGUGUGAUUGGACACAAAGAAUUUGUCUCCGGUGCAUAAAAUGUAAAAUAGUAAUUUUACAAACCAUACCUACACUUACUUACCUUCCUUCCUUCCUUCCUUCCUUCCUUCCUUCCUUCCUUCCUUCCUUCCUUCCUUCCUUCCUUCCUUCCUUCCUUCCUUCUUUCUUUUUCUCCCACACACUAUAUAAGAUUUCCUGCUAUUGCAAAAUCUUGGGGUAUUGAAUUAUUGACAUAUGUGAUUUGAGACUAAAAGAUGUUCUAAUAUCAUUUAAUAGUUUACUUUUUUAGUAUAAGUAACCGUUAGCCUCGUUAUGCCAGUGGUAGUUUAACAUAAAUCUGCUCCGGAAUUUGAUUGUUUCAACAUUCGUGUUGAAAGGUUUUGAUUUAUUAUGGUUGCUGGGUGUUCUUGUGUAGGAUUUUUCUAUUUCAUAGAAAGAAUAUUGGGAUCUUGAUAAAGAACAAUCGACAAGCAAACGGUGACACUGUAAAAUGAAAAGUAGAUAUAUGGAUAUUUUACCACUAAUGCUCUGAAAUAAAGUCCCUCCAUCUUUUCAGUUGGUAUGUUUACAUAAAGUAUGCUACUUGCUUUAAUGCUUCGACAAAUAAAAACUGUUUCAAAAUGUCUAUUUUCUUCCACUGUAUUUUCAGAAAUGUUCUUUAACUUUACACCCGCACAAAAUACAUAAUAAUAGUAUUUCAAAACAUGUUUCAGCUCUCAGAUAGAUCAACUUUGCUCAUCCAAACAUGGCUUAGUGCUGAAUUUCAAAGGUGCCAUCCGCUGCAACAGCUUUUUGUGGGCUCUGAAAACAGAUUUAUGGAGAAGACUAUUUGUCAUAGUUUUUUUUAUCUUCUGUUACAUUUAAAUAUGUCGGUUGCAAUGAGCAUUGAAGUUAAGGCCAACCUGCUGGAACUGAGUUAUAGGCAAGGGGGUAACUUAACAAGCAAUGCAAGACAAAGAAAAUCUCAUUAUCGGAACACUAUGGAUAUUGCAGUGAUAUACAGGUAGUUCUCCACUUACGACAGUCCAUUUAGUGACCAUUCAAAGUUACAACGGCACUGAAAAAAGUGACUUAUCUGAAAAAAGUGAUUUAUGACCAUUUUUCACACGAUCAUUGUAGCACCUCCAUGGUCACCCGAUCAAAAUCUUGGCAACUAACUCAUAUUUACGACGGUUGCAGUCUCCCAGGGGGUCACGUGAUCCCCUUUUGUGACCUUCUGACAAGCAAAGUCAGUGGGGAAAGCCAGAUUCACUUAACAACCGGGUUACUAAUUUAUCAACAGCAGUGAUUCACUUAACAACUGAGACAAGAAAGGUUGUAAACUGGGGCAAAACUCACUUAACUGCUUCACUUAGCAACACAAAUGCUGGGCUCACUUGUGGUCAUAAGUCAAGGACUGCAAGACAAGAUAACUUCAGUUUGCAAACCAAAACUUGUCUUGGUUUGCAGCUCACAUUAAAACCGCGACAGGUCUGACUAACCCUGGAGCAAGAAUGCUCUCCAUGGGAUCAGGCCAAGGAGACGGUUGAGUCAACAGGCAAUGGGGAUUAGUGGUAAAUUUAGAAAUUCUACCCCAGAGAGGUGGAAACAAUUCUGCUGUGACCAAGGUCCAAGUAGUGAUUACUAAACACAAUUCAGUCCUCAACAAAUUUAUUUUAUUUAAAUUAAAAUAUUUUGUCCAAAACAAAAUUCUUAAUAACCAGUCCCUAGGCCUUAUCACCAACCUUUGAUGUCUUUGGCAACCUGUCAGAGGCUUUUCUUGGCAAAACCUCCACAAAGUUCAAGAAACGCUGACAAGAAGCACGGAAAUCAAUGUUGCUUUCCUACAAAGAACCCAACGGCUCGUUGCUGCUCUUUUAAGCCUUACGGGAGGGGCCAAUCAUCUCUUGUUCUUACUUCCGAGUCAUCCUUUUUUCUUCAGCUGCUCUUGCCUUCUGGCAGCUCUUUUCAUGCAUGCACUAGGAACAGGCUCCUCCUGUUCCUCUGCCUCUCUGCGGUCCACCUCUGGAGGCUACAGAGUCCGCGCAUCGCUCCCAGAUGGCCCUGGCCCCAUCUCUGCCUCUGACGCAGGGCCCUCGUCCGGGCCUUCCCCUGACUCCAGGACUGCCCCAUGGUCCUCCCCAGCCUCCUCACUGUCCAGCUCCACAGGCUGCUGGUGGACCACAACAAAUUCAGUCGCAUUCUAAACAGUCGAGAAGGGUCCAAUUUGGAAAUUAAACCUUCCUGACCUCAGAAUAGUUUCAGAAUUCCACUACUUCCACACUAGGUUGUGCAUCUAGUUUCAAGAUCCAAACAUCUGCAGGUCAGAAUCUUCCGGGACGGCAUCUUUUGUACAUCCAAGAUGUCUUCCUGUAUCUCUCGGUGGUUCCACACCAUGCAAAGGGCAGAAGAAUGACCGGAUAACGGAAUUGGAAGGGGCCUUUGAGGGCUUCCGGUCCAAGAAAACGCAGCGGUUGGCAGCGUGGCCCAAACAGCCUGUAAUGAGCCGUGGUCCUUCUCUCCUCCUGCCCUGAGUUUUGGCCGUCAUCUUCACAGGAGCAACGACGGAGCAGGCAUUAGCCAUGCGCCAUAGCUCAGGCUUGGGAUGCUCAAGAUCGUAGCAUAGAGGCAAUUUUCCCUCUUCCCCUAUAGCUUCCUUUCUCUCUCAGUUGUUUUUUUUUUCCACUUCGUCUUCUCCUUCAGGAAAAGGCACCUGUUUAGGAUCGCUCUUUCCAGCCCUCCUUUUUCACACCCCACACCCCCAAAACCAUUCACUCGCUGGCCUGCUCUUAUUUUUGUCAAAACUGCUGAGCCAGGCACCACCAGGAGCCUGGCGUGUGUCUCCCAUGAGGGUUUUCAGGACACACACAUUAAUCAUCUCUCUGGGUGGUUUCCGUUUUUUCGAUCAUUAAAGAGCUAAAUUAAAACUUCUGGGUCUGUUGGGGGACUCCACAGUUUGGCUUAUGGUCACGCAAUCACACUCUCCCUGCCCGCUGAGAAAGUAACAGUAAAGCUCUUCUGUUCACAUUGGCUGUUUCUCAGUUGCACACAUCCGUCCGCACUCAGCCAUGUCAAGAACGCAACGAAUUUGCAGAUGUCGCAAGGGCAGGGUAAUGGUACGCGGGGAUGCGUUUGGAAGAGCGAAGGGAGGCUCGUAGUCUGGAUAACCAGCGUGUAAAAGAUUUCUCGGGUCACGGAAGGAGAAGAGGCAUGGGAAGCAUGUCGGAAGGGACCCUCCGUAGCUUUCCGGAGAGAAAAAGGGGAGAGAUACUUUCAGUCUUACAAGAGUCCAUUAAUGUACAAUAAAGGUAGACCUGUGCUGCUGAUGGUGCUUCGUGUCUGGACUACCCCGCAGGGCUGACAUACAGGGAGGAUCGCAAAAAUAACAGAAGGCCUUAGAACACAUUCAUCAAGAUUCUUGAGGACCUCAACUUGGCGAAACAAAACAAUGGGCAGCCACCCACAAGGUGAAUCUCAGCAGGAUGAAUUACAAAGCCUUUGAUUUGAGUAAUAAAAAUCAAAAGUUAUAAGAUGUAGGGAGGGGAGGGGAAAACCCAGGAGCCAUUUUCCAGAAUCUGAAUGUAGAAGAGGAGGGUAGAGAGCUGUUGAAAGUUGCUCCUGAAGACAAGACCAGAAGAACUUCGCAAGAAAGCAGAUUGGUUGAACAUCAGGAAAAGAUCUUUGAUGGUCGGUGAAGAUUCUCGGUCAUUCAGCGGAGUUGUCUGGAAGUUGAGUCAGCGCAUCCGGAAUUCUUUCCUUGCGGGUUCAAAACAUUUCGCUGCUUUUCCGGGUUCCUUGUUCAACCUGAGCACAUGGGUGAGGAGGGUCCCAUAUAUGUCCUCCAGGCAGGGGUGAAAUCUACUUACCUUCCUUACCGGUUCAGAAAUGCAUGCUUCGCUCGCACACACCCUCUGCACAUGCACAAAAGCUUUCUGCGCAUGCGCAGAGGGUACAAAACACAACAUCCGGGUGGGUGGGCGGAGCCUCGCACGAAAUUGCUACCGGUUCUCCAAACCACCAGCCAAGAUUGCUACCGGAUAGGGCGAUCCGGUCAAAACUGGGAGCAUUUCACCCCUGCCUCCAGGGAGAUUUCAUUUCUCCCCAAAUCUUGUUAGAGUCUUGUUAGGUGAGUAGGCAGAGAGUCCUUGGGAUGUUCCAACUCCUAAAUCCUUUUUCCUAGGUAGGUCCUUAGGUGUGGCCCCCUUGGUGAACCUGGGAAAUGGUCUUGGUCUCCCUGGGGAUUGAUGAAAAAGCAGCAAAAGAAACUGGGGACAUAUAUAGAUAUAUAUGGGGUCCCCCUAACCAACUUCCUCAGACCGAAGGAGCUACUUGGAUCAGCAGCGAAACGUUUUCAAGCCAACAAGACAAGAAGUCCAGUUGCCUUGACUCGGCCUCAAGACAUUAUGCCUUGAUGGUAAGAGACCAUCAGCAAGGGAACUGAACUGCCUCAGGAAGGUGCUUCAAGGGAGGCGGGAGAGCCCUCCUCUCUCAUGGAUGCCCUGGGAUGGGGAACCAGAGGCUCUCCAGAAUCCCAACCAGCCCUGGCAUUUCUCUGAGUCUCUCCCUCAACUUCCUCUUCCUUGAAGACUCUGAGUUUCUUCUUGGUAAUCAUCGUCUUAAGGGACCAGCCAGCGCUCCUUUGGUCUUAGGAGAAGUGUUUGGUUUUGAAGUUACGCGUGAGAAGGUGCAAGAAAUAAAAGGCCCCCCAUUAACCCAACGAGGAGCAGGUGUUUUCGGUCUGGGUCAAUAACAUGAACGUUUCACUCGCUGUGCGUGAAGCACUGAGGGACACUUUAAUUCUGAGUUAAAUAAGUAGGUUGCAGGUUCAAAGUAAGUAACAACCAAGUUCUCGGUGCUCUCUGAGUGUGGUUGUUUUCUUGCAGACGUCUCAUUACCUGGACUAGGUAACAUCAUCAGUGCUAGUAGACAACCUAUCUUGGAUAAUGAAAUGUCUGCAGGAGGACAACAACCCUGCUCAGAGGGCACCAAGGACCCCACAGUUCAACCCUGAGCUUCAGAUAUUCUCCUUUAUCGGUAAAUGAUGGGCACCGCGUGGCUAAUCUGGGAUUGUUCUCUUGUAGAUUUGAUUAUGACCACAGUUGAAGAGGAAUCUGACACAGUGACAGUCGAAACCGUGAAUUCCGUGACUCUGACCCAGGAUCCUCAAGGCAACCUUAUUCUUCACUGCCCUCAGGAUGAGGCAGACGAAGUAGACUCGGAAGACAGCACCGAACCUCCCCAUAAAAGGCUUUGCUUAUCCUCAGAAGAUGAUGAGAGCAUUGAAGGCAACCCUCCGUGCAUCUCGGUCGUUGCGCUUCCACUUUCAGAAAGCGACCAGAGUUUUGAGGUGACCAUGACUGCCACCACAGAAGUAGCUGACCAUGAGGUUAACGAAGGAACGGUGACUCAGAUUCAGAUCCUUCAGAAUGAGCAACUGGAUGAAAUCUCGUCUCUAGCCAACGAAGAAGUCUCUGCCGUCAGUCAGGCCUGGUUUACAACCAAAGAAGACAAGGAUUGUCUAACAAACAAAGGUCAUAAGUGGAAACAGGGCAUGUGGUCGAAGGAAGAAAUUCAGAUUUUGAUGAGUAACAUUGAGCGUUAUUUGAAGGCCCGUGGAAUCAAAGAUGCCACCGAGAUCAUUUUUGAGAUGUCAAAAGACGAAAGGAAAGAUUUCUACAGGACCAUCGCCUGGGGUUUGAACCGGCCUCUCUUUGCGGUUUAUAGACGCGUCCUGCGCAUGUACGAUGACCGGAACCACGUUGGCAAGUAUACUCCCGAAGAGAUUGAAAAACUCAAAGAAUUAAGGAUCAAGCACGGCAAUGACUGGGCAACGAUAGGAGCGGCUCUUGGACGGAGCGCUUCGUCCGUCAAAGACCGAUGCCGGCUGAUGAAGGACACUUGCAACACAGGCAAAUGGACGGAGAAAGAAGAGAAGAGACUCGCAGAAGUGGUCCACGAAUUAACGAGCACCGAGCCGGGGGACAUCGUCACACAAGGGGUCUCCUGGGCCGCGGUGGCCGAGCGCGUGGGAACGCGGUCGGAGAAGCAGUGCCGCUCCAAAUGGCUCAACUACCUCAACUGGAAGCAGAGCGGAGGCACCGAGUGGACCAAGGAGGACGAAAUCAACCUCAUUCUCAGAAUAGCAGAGCUAGAGGUCGCGGAUGAAAACGGCAUCAAUUGGGAUUUGCUGGCUGAAGGCUGGAGCAGCGUCCGCUCACCCCAGUGGCUUCGGAGCAAAUGGUGGACCAUCAAGAGGCAGAUCGCAAACCACAAAGAGGUGUCGUUUCCCGUUCUCAUAAAAGGUCUGAGGCAACUGCACGAAAGCCAAAAAAACGCCCCGGCACACCAACUUCCAGACGCGAAAGCUUUACCUGGGCUGCCAAAUUCCCAUCCUGGUUCCGGGGUUCAGCACGUCCAGAUCCGCGUGGCCCGCUUGGAGGAAAGUUCCAUCUGCUCUCCUGCUUCGGUGGCAGCCUUACAGAUCCCCCUGCAGAUCACCCAUGUCUCUUCUGCUGAUUCCCCUGCGGCUUCUGUCGACUCCGAAACCAUAACGCUAAAUAGUGGGACGUUACAGACUUUUGAGAUUUUGCCGUCUUUCCACCUGCAGCCAACUGGAACCCCUGGCACCUACCUGCUCCAGACCAGCUCAAGCCAGGGCCUGCCUCUGACCCUGACCACCAGCCCCACGGUCACCCUGACGGCUGCCGCGGCCCCGGCCUCCCCAGACCAGAUCAUAGUCCAUGCCUUGUCCCCCGAGCACCUGCUGAACGCGGGAGAGAACGUCACCGUGCAGUGCCACGCACCCAGCGUCAUCAUUCGCACCGUGGCAGCCGAAGACAUUUCUCCGCCCGCCAGCCAGGCGGAACUGAGCGCCGAUUCAGACAUGCAGCGUGUCGAUUUAGCGGGCACGCCCACCUCCCUGGAAACGGACUCUCUCCCGGAGGACAUCCACCCCUCCAAACUCCCAGGAGGAGAUCCCUCCGCUUUCAGCGCCGUCGGUUCCUCCAAAUUUGGCAGCCGAAGCAGCCCGGAGCUCCUGGGAAGAGCAGGCGUCGACAUUCUGAAUUCAGAUCUCAAGCAGGAAGAUAAUUGUCCGUCGGAUUUGGCCGGCACUUACGUUUCCGAGGACCUGGGUUCUCCCACCGCCGAAGAAGAGGUGGAACCGUCCGCGCUGGACGGAGCCGUCCUCAUCGUGCCUUCUCCCCGAGGCUUCAUCCAGGCGUCCGAGGAUAUAGACGGCGAAUCAGUGCUGCCUCUGGCCACCUUAACAGAUCCCAUCUUGCAACACCACGGAGAGAAUUCUCACAUCAUCGGCUCCUCUUUGGACAGCCCUAAUUCUGAAGACUCGAAGGCCAUGGAGAACUUGGUCAGCUGCCACUGAGGAUCUUCCCAGUCCGUAACUCCUGCGUUGGUCAAAGGCUGACCCAGAGGCCUCUUUGGCUCUCUUCUGAUCUCAGACGGAGACCCUCCCGGCUGGCUCCCCUCCAGAGGGUCUGCAUUCUUGGGAUGGACAGUGAGGGAAUCCAAGGCUCCAGGAUACGAACCCAGCAGCAAAUGAGCGUCUGGAAUUGAGGUUACACCGUUUAGAAUUUGCACCGGUCCUCCUGUUUCGGGGUAAGACUGUAGUUACCGUGUUGUAACUACCGAGGGAGCAAGAAGGUACGGGAGGAGAAAAGGUUUAUUUUUCUAGGGGUUCCAGGCUGUUCAAGCAGCAGAAAAGCCGAAUCGAGAUCUUCCUUGAAACUGAAGAAUCUGUUGCUGGCAACGGAUGUCGCGCCCGAAUGAUCAGACGUAAUUCUUUAAAUGCUACAAUUAGAAACACCCCCCACCCCCCAGUGUAGCAUGGAGACUUUCAAGCUGCGCUAAAUUGAGGAGUCCGUUUUCAAUCCCUGAGGAGACCACCUGGUGUCGAUUCAGAAAUCAAUUCACCUAACAAUGAAUUUGUAGCUCCACGCGACAAGUCGGUCGCCGUGGGAAGGAGCAGAAAUUAACCAGCUUCAUGCAAGCGAAACUCUUUUCUGUCAUAGUAAACGCCUUUUUAUUUAUAAUGUAGUAUAGACAUUUGCAGUGCUGCGGGUUUUUUUGUACAGUGUAAUAAUAAAAAAGGCCUGUUUUUUCCCCCCCUCACAAUGAGGGGGGAAAAAGGGUGCGCCACUCUGAAAAACACAA